GGGGUUUUCGACAUGGGGAUCGGGACUGGGGAAGCCGCCGCACCGUCUCAAUCCACGCCAAUCCCAAACCACAUCUCCGGCGAUCUUCCGCCAUGUCCUCAUCGAGUCUGCCGGGGAGGUUUGCCUGGGUAGUGCUGAGGGAGCACAUCCCGAUCUUCGACGCCGACGAGAAAGAUCCGGAAGACUUGGUCAUGGCCAAGGCGAUCAAAGAUUGGGCGGCCAUCAAGGAUGGUUCCUCGAUACUGGAGCAGUUCUCGCUGGACGCCCACCUCCUCGAGCCCCCGGAGCUCUCCACCUUGUACCUGCGUGCCAGGCUCGAGGUGCAGCAGCGUGGCAUCGAUUGCAUGAUCGAGUCUGUUGUGGAGAACUUCGUCGUCAUGACUCUGCAAGUCGACACCGGCGCCUACGGUCUUGUCUACGACGCUGCCAAGAACUCCCUCUCACUGUUCCCCACCGCCGUGGAGGCCUUCGCCGACCAGUACUUCGCACGGAAAGAUCUCAGCAUGCCCUUCCAAUUCCUGAGGCAACCUGCCAUCCUGCAGCGCGAUGACGGCUCCUACGAUCUGCUCAACCUGGGGCUCUGCUUUGAUGAUAUCUGUCGCGGUUUCCGAGUGCUGCAGCCGUCGGCCAUUCUCUUCCGGUGGUCGUCGGCGGUGAAAAAGUGGACAAAGCAGGAUGCGAGGUUCAAUCCGCAGACCCUGCUGCCGCCUGGACACCCCAAGCGGAUGAUGUACGAAGUUGACGUGGUCUUCACUUUCGAAGGGAAGGUUUUCUGGGUUGACCUCCUGCUUGGCGCCAUUGUCUGCGACGUGCUCUCCACCACCGACGCCUGCGACAAGGACAGCGUGGAGCUGGACUUCAUCCAUCUUCCCGAGGAGUGCAAAGGCCAGGCCCUGGAGGACAGUUACCGCCACACCUUCGAGGACAGUUACCCCAAGCACCGUCGGACCAUGGGCCGAGUCGGGAGCUCCAUAAAGCUCAUCUCCGUCGUUACCACCGACGGCGACACCCCCAACGACCACACGCUCCCCAAAGACGUCGUGCUGCAGAGCUGGACUCUGGGGCCGGACUUGAGGUCGUGGACGAGGGACGACGACAUGGAGCUGCCGUUGCCACUGCUCUGGCAGUCGGAGUCCUACAAGCGCGAGAGCCUGCCGGAGGCAGUCCCACUGAACCCAGUCCUGAAGGCUGACGAGGAUGGCGUCCUCUACCUCUUGCUGGGAGAUUACUACGUUGAUUGGCGUCGACAUGCCAGGUUAUGCAGGGAGAUGGAGUGUGUGAUCAGCAUCGACAUGCGCAGGAAGUCUCUCCUGUCCCGCAGCCGUCGUCCGAUCACAGAGGGCUUGCUUCCGCCGCUGGAAGCCCAACCUUCCAAACGAUUCUCUCCUGACAUGCCUAGCCUCUUUGGUGUCAGGUUCUGCGCACAGCACACUGAAUGGUCCGAUGGUCUUGGGCAAAAGGGAAAUUGGAAUCAUCGGAAAUAGAUGGUAAUUUGAGUCUAAAUCUAACUUGAUGUAAUUUUUGCACAUUCUCGAUUCAUAAUAAUUGUUGUAGGUUUUACCUUAAAUUUAAUUAAUACCACGAUACUUAUUGAAGAUCAGAAAGAGUAUUAUU